GUCCAGUCCCACAAGCCUCACUUUCUGGCGGUGCACUGUCAAGAAGUGGGCGGGAAGAACUACGAGGCGUCCAUGUCACACGUGGAUUGUUUUGUCAAAGAGCUGAUGUCCAGCGAUUGCAUGAAGGAGUACAGCAGGGCCCGCGUCUACCUCGAUGAGAACUACAAGUCCCAGGAGCAUUUCACGGCUCUGGGGAGUUUCUACUUUAUCCACGACUCUUUGAAAAACCUCCACCAGUUUGAUUUCAAAGCCAAGAAAUUCAAGAAGGUGGUUGGAAAGGAGACGUGUUCAGAGACACUAGAAAGCACAACCUCGCUGGAGAAGGAGAAGUUUCCACAGGACUACUUUCCUGAGUGCAAGUGGUCCAGAAAGGGAUUCAUCAGGACCCGAUGGGCCCUGGCUGACUGUGCCUUCGAUCUGGUCAACAUUCACCUUUUCCACGACGCGUCCAACCUGGUGGCCUGGGAGAACAGUCCUUCCGUUUACUCCGGGACCCGGCAGAAGGCCCUGCGCUACGUCCUAGACAGGAUCACGGACCAGCGAUACGAGAAGGUGCCAUACUUCGUCUUUGGAGACUUUAACUUCCGGUUGGAUUCAAAGCAAGUUAUUGAGACUCUCUGCUCCACCGCCACCAUGCAAACAGUCAGAAUCGCCGACACCAAUGAAGUUGACAAGCUAAUAUUCCGAGAAAGCGACAACGACCGCAAGGUUAUUCUUCAACUUGAAAAGAAGCUUUUUAAUUAUGUCAACCAGGACGUUUUCCGGGAAAACAAUGGGACCUCACUUUUAGAGUUUGACAAAGAACUGUCAGUGUUCAAGGAUCGGCUGCAUGAACUGGAGAUCUGUUUCCCACCCAGUUACCCGUACAGCGAGGACAGCAACCAGGGGAAGCAGUACAUGAACACCCGCUGCCCCGCCUGGUGCGACCGGAUCCUCAUGUCCGCCGCCGCCAGAGACCUUUUUUUAAAGCCUGAAAAUGAAGAGAAACCCGUAGUGUAUGAUAACAUUGUGGCCCAAUGUCUGCAUGGGGGACCACAAGCCCGUCUUCCUGUCCUUCCGAAUAGCAGCGGGGGCAGGUAAACCUAAUGCAAAUAAGCACAAGUGUUGUGUGGUGCAGUGAUUUCGUGGGAAGUGUUGCCAAAGGGGGGAGAACAUAAUCCGUGAAGCGCCGAUGUGAGAACCACCGGAGAAACGCACAAACACACACUCACACACACACACACACACACACACACACACCUUUGCACAAGCGAACACUGAAGAACCGAGACGAACUCUUUGAGCGGAGCAGCCGUCGUCGUCCACGCAGCAUCCCGUCUCCCUCCACCAAACACUUGGACGAGCACCCGAAGGCCCCGGCACACACACACUCUCACUCACACACACUCACACACACACACACACACACACACACACUCACAUCGCUGACCUCGACGUUGCCACGCAACCCCACAGAAGAAGAAGCAAGAAGAGCGGCGAGCAGACGGACAGACGGCUCUCUUCCACGCCACAAGCCUCGUUGCCAAAACUCUAAAAUCAAGUCGUACUACACACUUUUAGACGCCGUAACCGGCCGUUUUUAGGUAAAAAGCCUCCGUGUAUAGAAGCUACUUUCCAUACAAUGUUUAAUUAAGGUGUUUUAAAAAAAGAAAAGAAAAGAAAAGUGCAAUGCGAAAAAAAAAAAAAGUUGUAUAUCUAUAUUGUUUAGGUUUAUUUGUACAUUUGACAGUAUAACAUAGAGAGACUUUGAUGAUGGUUUUAUUGCCGUUUUUUUUUUCUUCUCUCGACCGAAAACCUCGAAAACGGUCGGUAAAAUAGAUCUCAUCCGUAGUUUAUUUAACACGCCUGACACCAUCAGUGGAGUUUUCAUUUUAUAUGCUGUACUUUUUAAAGAGAAGAUAAUUUAUAAAUCUUACCAAAAUGUUGAUGCUGAAAAAAAAAAAGAGUGCACAGAAACGGCGGGCGUUCCUGUUGCCACGGAAACCUGGAGUGGAGAGCAGCAGAAAAAACCUGUUCAGCGAUUUAUUGCCUAUCCAAGAAUGUUUUAAGCAGUGCCAUAGACCAAGCAAGUAUAUAUAAGAUAAUGUUUCAUAUAUAUAUAUGUAUGUAUACAUAUACAUAUAUGUGUAUAUGUAUGUAACUCUCACGUUAUGUCAUUAUUAUUAUUCGUACUCUAACUUAUUUCUAUAAUAUUAUGGUUCUGAAUGUGAUAUUUUAGACAGGCUUGGGUGUCCUUAAAAGUGUAAACUGUUUUCUUUUUGUCUUAUUUUUUUGUUGUUACUGCAUAAUGGUGCCAAGUUUUCUGCACAGAGAAGAGAGAGAGUUCAGCAGUUUGUCUGUAAACGGUGUUGACUAGAAAGAAAAGAAAGCCGAGGAAGACAGCAGGGACUCUUGUGCACGUAGCCGUCGGCAGCCGGAGCAUUAAAGCUGCGCUUCCUUUUCUUUUCCUCUUGUUUUUAUUGAUUUGGUUUACCACACUACAGGUUUCAGACUUGUCGCUGAAGCCGCCACAAUGAUCCUCCGGGAUGCUUUUGUUUUGUUUUCACCAGAAUCACAAGUGGAAGUUUUUUUUUUUUUUUUGCUUGCUGCAGAAUUGUCUUGUGCAAUUUGAUUUUUUUUUUUUUUUUUUUUUUUUUAGGCAAAAUGUUUAAAA